AUGUAUACAGCAUUGAAGUUUUAUUUUGGCAAAUUUCAAGUGGAUGCAGACCUUUUUGUUGAAAUUAAUUAUGGUCCAAGUUUAAUGUUAUUUAUAUUAAAUGGUAAAAGAGAAAAAAUUGUUGAUGGAACUCCUGUUAAAUAUGGUAAAAUAUAUACAGCAUGUUGGAAUUAUGAACCGAAUGAACGUCUAAAUAUGCAAGAAGUUGUUGUGACACUUAAAGCAAUCAUUUCUUCUGAAAUUACCAUUUAUAAUAACUUAAUGAAGACAAAAAAAAAUUCUUUUUCAUCAGAAAAUUAUGAAACAAAUUUAGAAUCAAGAAAGGAUCUUUGGAUAUAA